AUGAUCAGCAGUGGCGGUGGCGCCCACGACGGGGAGCCACCGCGCCGCGCUGUGCCAUCUACACAUACAGAGGACGAACAACGCGAACAGCAGCAUCAGCCACAGGGGGCAGCCAGCAGCAGCGGCAGACAGGCAAAGGUAGGCGGGGUCGACAUGGACACCAUUGCCGCACUGACGGUGCGUGAGCAGGUGGACGCGUUGGCGCAGGCGCUCCUGCGGGAGUUUAUGCACCGCCGCGGGUACACACGAACGCUGCAGACAUUCGACUGCGAAUGCCCGCGCAAUGAGCGCACUAUCGCCUCGCGCCAGCUGAUGCGACAGCUGCUCGAGGUCCCCUCUAACGCGUUCCCCUCGCGUUUGUGCAGUGGCAGCAGCAGCAGCGUGGGCAAGACCGGUAGCAGCAACGGCAUCGCAGGCAAGAAGAAGACAGCACCGACAUUUAUGGAGGAGCUGUGCUCCUACCGGCUGCAGAAACGUGAGGUAAGUCAGCAGCAGCAGCAGAAACAGAAACAGGAACUAGGGGGAAAUGAUAGAAGUGCGGCCGCCACUAUUGUGGACCCGAGUGAUGCGGAGAUGGAGGAGUGGCGUACGGCUGCAUCAGCGGCGGAGCGCCGCGUGGCGGAGGCGACGGAGCGCCACGCACAGUUGCUGCGGGAGCGUAAAGAGAGGAAGCGCGAGAAGAAACUUAAGAAGCAGCGGGAGAAGGAGAAGAGGAAGGGGAAGGAAGAACACGAACACCGCCACCACCGCCAACAUCGGCACAGACACGAUGGUGACCAGCAGCAGCAGCGGCAUCAGCUUGUGAACCACCGCGGCGAUGGUGCUGGCGACGACGACGACGACGACGAGGAGGAGGAGGAGGACGAUGAUGACGAUAACAGCAACAACAGUAGGAACAGGAACAACAACCGGACGAGUGGCGGCAAUGCGUU